AUGGCUUCUCUGCAAGCACGACCAGAAUCAUCUCUACGUACAGAAGAUAUUCCGAUACCAGCCAUCACUCCCAUUGGCAUCGAAGACAAGCCCCCGCUCUCUGAAGAAGCACCAGAAGGCGGUUCGCGUGCAUGGCUCGUUGCUGCGGGAGCGGGUUUUAUUAGCUUCUCGUCUCUUGGUUACUCAAACUCUGUGGGAGUGUUCCAGGAAUAUUAUCUAAGCCAUCAGCUCAAGGGACAAUCACCCGAUGAUGUGGCAUGGAUUGGAUCUAUUUCCGCAUUCCUCCAGUUCAUACUUGGUGCUAUCUCAGGUCCUCUGUUUGAUCGAUAUGGUGCAACGAUCAUCCGACCGGCCGCAGUGCUCCUAGUAUUCUCCAUCAUGAUGACAAGUCUUUGUGAAACGUACUGGCAAUUCAUGCUCGCACAAGGUGUUCUGGGAGGCAUUGUCACUGGAAUGCUACUCAUUCCAUCCAUGGCGGCGGUCUUACAAUACUUUGACAAAAAGAGAGCUGCUGCGCUGGGCCUGGCUGUCUCUGGUUCGUCCAUCGGCGGUGUGGUGUUCCCAAUUGCCUUGUCCAAGAUGCUAAACGACUCCAAUCUGGGAUUUGGUUGGUCGGUCCGCAUCAUUGGCUUUUUGACACUGCCCGGGUUGAUAUUCGCAUGCAUUGUCAUUCAAGCCAGGCUACCACCAAGAAAAACAAAUUUCUACAUCGCAGCAGCUUUCAAGAAGCCGACUUACAACCUCUUGCUUUGCUCCUGUUUCUUUAUGUUCACCGGCUUUUUCACCCCGAUCUUCUAUCUGGCAGUCUACGCAAUCCAAAAAGGCAUCGACCCAACACUUGCGUCUUAUCUGCUCGCUAUUCUCAAUGGUGCCUCCACAUUUGGCCGCAUCCUCCCAGGUCUUUUUGCAGACAAGUUCGGCCGACUAAAUGUCUUUGGCCUUGGCGGCAUCGUGACUGGGACCAUCAUAAUGUGCUGGACCGCAGCAACGAGUACUGCUGGUUUAGUGGUAUAUGCUGUGGUGUUCGGAUUCUGGAGCGGAACCCUUAUCUCUGGUGCUGCGGCUGCUAUGAGUUUAUGUGUGGAAGAUGCCCGAGAGGUCGGCACAUACAUGGGAAUGGGGUUUGCCGUCGCAAGUGUCGCAGUCUUGAUUGGUCCACCCAUCAACGGUGCACUUGUUCAAAAAUAUGGAGGAUUCCUUGAAGUAUCCAUAUUCAGUGGCGUUAUGUGCUUUGUUGGUGGUCUCAUAGGACUGGUCACCAAGGUUACAACACCACAAGGUCUUUUCGGAAAGGUGUGA